GGAGGAGGAGGCAACACCAGGGAGGAGGAGGCAACACCAGGGAGGAGGAGGCAACACCAGAGAGGAGGAGGCAACACCAGGGAGGAGGAGGCAACACCACGGAGGAGGAGGCAACACCAGGGAGGAGGAGGUAACACCAGGGAGGAGGAGGCAACACCAAGGAGGAGGAGGCAACACGGGAGGAGGAGGCAACACCAAGGAGGAGGAGGCAACACGAGGGAGGAGGAGGCAACACCAGGGAGGAGGAGCAACACCAGGGAGGAGGAGGCAACACCAGGGAGGAGGAGGUAACACCAGGGAGGAGGAGGCAACACCAAAGGAGGAGGAGGCAACACGAGGGAGGAGGAGGCAACACCAAGGAGGAGGAGGCAACACGAGGGAGGAGGAGGCAACACCAGGGAGGAGGAGGCAACACCAGGGAGGAGGAGGCAACACCAGGGAGGAGGAGGCAACACCAGAGGAGGAGGUAACACCAGGGAGGAGGAGGCAACACCAGGGAGGAGGAGGCAACACCAGGGAGGAGGAGGUAACACCAGGGAGGAGGAGGCAACACCAGGGAGGAGGAGGCAACACGAGGGAGGAGGAGGCAACACCAAGGAGGAGGAGGCAACACGAGGGAGGAGGAGGCAACACCAGGGAGGAGGAGGCAACACCAGGGAGGAGGAGGCAACACCAGGGAGGAGGAGGCAACACCAGGGAGGAGGAGGCAACACCAAGGAGGAGGAGGCAACACGAGGGAGGAGGAGGCAACACCAGGGAGGAGGAGGCAACACCAGGGAGGAGGAGGCAACACCAGGGAGGAGGAGGCAACACCAAGGAGGAGGAGGCAACACCAGGAGGAGGAGGCAACACCAGGGAGGAGGAGGCAACACCAGGGAGGAGGAGGCAACACCAGGGAGGAGGAGGCAACACCAGAGAGGAGGAGGUAACACCAGGGAGGAGGAGGCAACACCAGGGAGGAGGAGGCAACACCAGGGAGGAGGAGGCAACACCAGGGAGGAGGAGGCAACACCAGGGAGGAGGAGCUAACACCAGGGAGGAGGAGGCAACACCAGGGAGGAGGAGGCAACACCAGGGAGGAGGAGGCAACACCAAGGAGGAGGAGGCAACACAGGGGGGAGGAGGGCAACACCAGGGAGGAGGAGGCAACACCAGGGAGGAGGAGGCAACACCAGGGAGGAGGAGGCAACACCAGGGAGGAGGAGGCAACACCAAGGAGGAGGAGGCAACACGAGGGAGGAGGAGGCAACACCAGGGAGGAGGAGGCAACACCAAGGAGGAGGAGGCAACACGAGGGAGGAGGAGGCAACACAGGGAGGAGGAGGCAACACCAGGAGGAGGAGGCAACACCAGGGAGGAGGAGGCAACACCAGGGAGGAGGAGGCAACACCAGGGAGGAGGAGGCAACACCAGGAGAGAGGAACCACCAGGGAGGAGGAGGCAACACCAGGGAGGAGAGGCAACACCAGGGAGGAGGAGGGAGGAGGAGGCAACACCAGGGAGGAGGAGGCAACACCAGGGAGGAGGAGGCAACACCAGGGAGGAGGAGGCAACACCAGGGAGGAGGAGGCAACACCAGAGAGGAGGCAACACCAGGGAGGAGGAGGCAACACCAGGGAGGAGGAGGCAACACCAGGGAGGAGGAGGCAACACCAGGGAGGAGGAGGCAACACCAGGGAGGAGGAGGCAACACCAGGGAGGAGGAGGCAACACCAGGGAGGAGGAGGCAACACCAGGGAGGAGGAGGCAACACCAGGGAGGAGGAGGCAACACCAGGGAGGAGGAGGUAACACCAAGGAGGAGGAGGCAACACCAGGGAGGAGGAGGUAACACCAGGGAGGAGGAGGCAACACCAGGGAGGAGGAGGCAACACCAGGAGGAGGAGGCAACACCAAGGAGGAGGAGGCAACACGAGGGAGGAGGAGGCAACACCAGGGAGGAGGAGGCAACACCAGGGAGGAGGAGGCAACACCGGGAGGAGGAGGCAACACCAGGGAGGAGGAGGCAACACCAGGGAGGAGGAGGCAACACCAGGAGGGAGGGAGGCAACACCAAGGAGGAGGAGGCAACACGAGGGAGGAGGAGGCAACACCAGGGAGGAGGAGGCAACACCAAGGAGGAGGAGGCAACACCAGGGAGGAGGAGGCAACACCAGAGAGGAGGAGGUAACACCAGGGAGGAGGAGGUAACACCAGGGAGGAGGAGGCAACACCAGGGAGGAGGAGGCAACACCAGGGAGGAGGCAACACCAGGGAGGAGGAGGCAACACCAGGGAGGAGGAGGCAACACCAGGGAGGAGGAGGCAACACCAGGGAGGAGGAGGCAACACCAGGGAGGAGGAGGCAACACCAGGGAGGAGGAGGCAACACCAGGGAGGAGGAGGCAACACCAGGGAGGAGGAGGCAACACCAGGGAGGAGGAGGCAACACCAGGGAGGAGGAGGGAACACCAGGGAGGAGGAGGCAACACCAGGAGGAGGAGGCAACACGAGGAGGAGGAGGAACACCAGCGAGGAGGAGGCAACACCAGGGAGGAGGAGGCAACACCAGGGAGGAGGAGGCAACACCAGGGAGGAGGAGGCAACACCAAGGAGGAGGAGGCAACACGAGGAGGAGGAGGCAACACCAGGGAGGAGGAGGCAACACCAGGGAGGAGGAGGCAACACAAGGAGGAGAAGGCAACACGAGGGAGGAGGAGGCAACACCAGGGAAGAGGAGGCAACACCAGGGAGGAGGAGGCAACACCAGGGAGGAGGAGUAAACACCAGGGAGGAGGAGGUAACAGGGAGGAGGAGGCAACACCAGGGAGGAGGAGGCAAACACCAGGGAGGAGGAGGCAACACCAGGGAGGAGGAGGCAACACGAGGGAGGAGGAGGCAACACCAGGGAGGAGGAGGCCACCAAGGAGGAGAGGCAACACGAGGGAGGAGGAGGCAACACCAGGGAGGAGGAGGCAACACCAGAGGAGGAGGAGGCAACACCAGGGAGGAGGAGGCAAAACCAGGGAGGAGAAGGUAACACCAGGGAGGAGGAGGCAACACGAGGGAGGAGGAGGCAACACCAGGGAGGAGGAGGUAACACCAGGGAGGAGGAGGCAACACCAGGGAGGAGGAGGCAACACCAGGGAGAAGGAGGUAACACCAGGGAGGAGGAGGCAACACCAGGGAGGAGGAGGCAAACCCAGGGAGGAGGAGGCAACACCAAGGAGGAGGAGGCAACACGAGGGAGGAGGAGGCAACACCAGGGAGGAGGAGGCAACACCAAGGAGGAGGAGGCAACACCAGGGAGGAGGAGGCAACACCAGGGAGGAGGAGGUAACACCAGGGAGGAGGAGGCAACACCAGGGAGGAGGAGGUAACACCAGGGAGGAGGAGGCAACACCAGGGAGGAGGAGGACAACACCAGGGAGGAGGAGGCAACACCAGGGAGGAGGAGGCAACACCAGGGAGGAGGAGGCAACACCAGGGAGGAGGAGGCAACACACAGGGAGGAGGAGGCAACACCAAGGAGGAGGAGGCAACACGAGGGAGGAGGAGGCAACACCAGGGAGGAGGAGGCAACACCAGGGAGGAGGAGGUAACACCAGGGAGGAGGAGGCAACACCAGGGAGGAGGAGGCAACACCAGGGAGGAGGAGGUAACACCAGGGAGGAGGAGGCAACACCAGGGAGGAGGAGGCAACACCAGGGAGGAGGAGGCAACACAAGGAGGAGGAGGCAACACGAGGGAGGAGGAGGCAACACCAGGGAGGAGGAGGCAACACCAGGGAGGAGGAGGCAACACCAGGGAGGAGGAGCAACACCAGGGAGGAGGAGGCAACACCAGGAGGAGGAUGUAACACCAGGGAGGAGGAGGCAACACCAGGGAGGAGGAGGCAACACCAGGGAGGAGGAGGCAACACCAGGGAGGAGGAGGCAACACCAGGGAGGAGGAGGCAACACCAGGAGGAGGAGGCAACACCAGGGAGGAGGAGGCAACACCAGGAGGAGGAGGAGGCAACACGAGGGAGGAGGAGGGGAGGCAACACCAGGGAGGAGGAGGCAACACCAGGGAGGAGGAGGCAACACCAGGGAGGAGGAGGCACACCAGGAGGAGGAGGCAACACCAAGGAGGAGGAGGCAACACGAGGGAGGAGGAGGCAACACCAGGGAGGAGGAGGCAACACCAGGAGGAGGAGGCAACACCAGGGAGGAGGAGGCAACACCAGGGAGGAGGAGGCAACACCAGAGAGGAGGAGGUAACACCAGGGAGGAGGAGGUAACACCAGGGAGGAGGAGGCAACACCAAGGAGGAGGAGGCAACAACACCAGGGAGGAGGAGGCAACACCAGGGAGGAGGAGGCAACACCAGGGAGGAGGAGCAACACCAGGGAGGAGGAGUAACACCAGGGAGGAGGAGGCAACACCAGGGAGGAGGAGGCAACACCAGGGAGGAGGAGGCAACACCAGGGAGGAGGAGGCAACACCAGGGAGGAGGAGGCAACACCAAGGAGGAGGAGGCAACACGAGGGAGGAGGAGGCAACACCAGGGAGGAGGAGGCAACACCAGGGAGGAGGAGGCAACACCAGGAGAGGAGGAGGCAACACACAGGGAGGAGGAGGCAACACCAGGGAGGAGGAGGCAACACCAGGGAGGAGGAGGCAACACCAGGGAGGAGGAGGCAACACCAGGGAGGAGGAGGGAGGAGGAGGUAACACCAGGGAGGAGGAGGCAACACCAGGGAGGAGGAGGCAACACCAAGGAGGAGGAGGCAACACCAGAGGAGGAGGGAACACCAGGGAGGAGGAGCAACACCAAGGAGGAGGAGGCAACACAGAGGGAGGAGGAGGAACACCAGGAGGAGGAGGCAACACGAGGGAGGAGGAGGCAACACAGGGAGGAGGAGGCAACACCAGGGAGGAGGAGGAACACCAGGGAGGAGGCAACACCAGGGAGGAGGAGGCAACACCAGGAGGAGGAGGCAACACGAGGGAGGAGGAGGCAACACCAGGGAGGAGGAGGCAACACCAGGGGAGGAGGCAACACGAGGGAGGAGGAGCAACACCAGGGAGGAGGAGGCAACACCAAGGAGGAGGAGGCAACACGAGGGAGGAGGAGGCAACACCAGGGAGGAGGAGGCAACACCAGGGAGGAGGAGGCAACACCAGGGAGGAGGAGGCAACACCAAGGAGGAGGAGGCAACCGAGGGAGGAGGAGGCAACACCAGGGAGGAGGAGGCAACACCAGGGAGGAGGAGGCAACACCAGGGAGGAGGAGGGCAACACCAGGGAGGAGGAGGUAACACCAGGGAGGAGGAGGCAACACAAGGGAGGAGGAGGCAACACCAGGGAGGAGGCAACACCAGGGAGGAGGAGGCAACACCAGGAGGAGGAGGCAACACCAGGGAGGAGGAGGCAACACCAGGGAGGGAGGAGGAGGCAACACCAGGAGAGGAGGCAACACCAGGGAGGAGGAGGCAACACCAGGAGGAGGAGGCAACACCAGGGAGGAGGGCAACACCAGGGAGGAGGAAACAACACCAAGGAGGAGGAGGCAACACGAGGGAGGAGGAGGCAACACCAGGGAGGAGGAGGCAACACCAGGGAGGAGGAGGCAACACCAGGGAGGAGGAGGCAACACCAAGGAGGAGGAGGCAACACCAGGGAGGAGGAGGCAACACCAGGGAGGAGGAGGCAACACCAGGGAGGAGGAGGCAACACCAGGGAGGAGGAGGCAACACCAGGGAGGAGGAGGCAACACCAGGGAGGAGGAGGCAACACCAGGGAGGAGGAGGCAACACCAGGGAGGAGGAGGGAACACCAGGGAGGAGGAGGCAACACCAGGGAGGAGGAGGCAACACCAGGGAGGAGGAGUACACCAGGGAGGAGGAGGCAACACCAGGGAGGAGGAGGGAACACCAGGGAGGAGGAGGCAACACCAGGAGGAGGAGGCAACACCAGGGAGGAGGAGGCAACACCAGGAGGAGGAGGCAACACGAGGGAGGAGGAGGCAACACCAGGGAGGAGGAGGCAACACCAGGGAGGAGGAGGCAACACCAGGGAGGAGGAGGCAACACGAGGGAGGAGGAGGCAACACCAGGGAGGAGGAGGCAACACCAGGGAGGAGGAGGCAACACCAGGGAGGAGGAGGCAACACCAGGAGAGGAGGCAACACCAGGGAGGAGGAGGCAACACCAGGAGGAGGAGGCAACACCAGGGAGGAGGAGGUAACACCAGGGAGGAGGACGCAACACCAGGGAGGAGGAGGCAACACCAAGGAGGAGGAGGCAACACCAGGGAGGAGGAGGAACACCAGGGAGGAGGAGGCAACACCAAGGAGGAGGAGGCAACACACAGGGAGGAGGAGGCAACACCAGCGAGGAGGAGGCAACACGAGGGAGGAGGAGGCAACACCAGGGAGGAGGAGGCAACACCAGGGAGGAGGAGGCAACACCAGGGAGGAGGAGGCAACACCAGGGAGGAGGAGGCAACACCAGGGAGGAGGAGGCAACACCAGGAGGAGGAGGCAACACCAAGGAGGAGGAGGCAACCCAAGGAGGAGGAGGCAACACCAGGGAGGAGGAGGCAACACCAGGGAGGAGGAGGCAACACCAGGGAGGAGGAGGCAACACCAGGGAGGAGGAGGCAACACCAGGAGAGGAGGAGGCAACACCAGGGAGGAGGAGGCAACACCAGGGAGGAGGAGGCAACACCAGGGAGGAGGAGGCAACACGAGGGAGGAGGAGGCAACACCAGGGAGGAGGAGGCAACACCAGGGAGGAGGAGGCAACACCAGGGAGGAGGAGGCAACACCAGGGAGGAGGAGGUAACACCAGGGAGGAGGAGGCAACACCAGGGAGGAGGAGGCAACACGAGGGAGGAGGAGGCAACACCAGGGAGGAGGAGGCAACACCGGGAGGAGGAGGCAACACCAGGGAGGAGGAGGCAACACCAGGGAGGAGGAGGGAGGAGGAGGCAACACCAGGGAGGAGGAGGCAACACAGGGAGGAGGAGGCAACAUGAGGGAGGAGGAGGCAACACCAGGGAGGAGGAGGCAACACCAGGAGGAGGAGGCAACACCAAGGAGGAGGAGGCAACACCAGGGAGGAGGAGGCAACACCAGGGAGGAGGAGGCAACACCAGGGAGGAGGAGGCAACACCAGGGAGGAGGAGGCAACACCAAGGAGGAGGAGGCAACACCAGGGAGGAGGAGGCAACACCAGGGAGGAGGAGGCAACACCAGGGAGGAGGAGGCAACACCAGGGAGGAGGAGGCAACACCAGGGAGGAGGAGGCAACACCAAGGAGGAGGAGGCAACACGAGGAGGAGGGCAAACACCAGGGAGGAGGAGGCAACACCAGGGAGGAGGAGGCAACACCAGGGAGGAGGAGGUAACACCAGGGAGGAGGAGGCAACACCAGGGAGGAGGAGGCAACACCAAGGAGGAGGAGGCAACACCAGGGAGGAGGAGGGAACACCAGGGAGGAGGAGGCAACACCAAGGAGGAGGAGGCAACACGAGGGAGGAGGAGGAACACCAGCGAGGAGGAGGCAACACCAGGGAGGAGGAGGCAACACCAGGGAGGAGGAGGCAACACCAGGGAGGAGGAGGCAACACCAAGGAGGAGGAGGCAACACCAGGGAGGAGGAGGCAACACCAGGGAGGAGGAGGCAACACGAGGGAGGAGGAGGCAACACCAGGGAGGAGGAGGCAACACCAAGGAGGAGGAGGCAACACGAGGGAGGAGGAGGCAACACCAGGGAGGAGGAGGCAACACCAGGGAGGAGGAGGCAACACCAAGGAGGAGGAGGCAACACCAGGGAGGAGGAGGCAACACAGGGAGGAGGAGGCAACACCAGGGAGGAGGAGGCAACACCAAGGAGGAGGAGGCAACACGAGGAGGAGGAGGCAACACCAGGGAGGAGGAGGCAACACCAGAGAGGAGGAGGUAACACCAGGGAGGAGGAGGCAACACCAGAGGAGGAGGCAACACCAGGGAGGAGGAGGCAACACCAGGGAGGAGGAGGCAACACCAGGGAGGAGGAGGCAACACCAGGGAGGAGGAGGCAACACCAGGGAGGAGGAGGUAACACCAGGGAGAGGGAGGGGAGGCAACACCAGGGAGGAGGAGGCAACACCAGGGAGGAGGAGGCAAACACCAGGGAGGAGGAGGCAACACCAGGGAGGAGGAGGCAACACCAGGGAGGAGGAGGCAACACCAAGGAGGAGGAGGCAACACGAGGGAGGAGGAGGCAACACCAGGGAGGAGGAGGCAACACCAGGGAGGAGGAGGCAACACCAGGGAGGAGGAGGUAACACCAGGGAGGAGGAGGAUACACCAGGGAGGAGGAGGCAACACCAAGGAGGAGGAGGCAACACGAGGGAGGAGGAGGCAACACCAGGGAGGAGGAGGGAGGAGGAGGCAACACCAGGGAGGGAGGAGGAGGCAACACCAAGGAGGAGGAGGCAACACCAGGGAGGAGGAGGCAACACCAGGGAGGAGGAGGCAACACCAGAGAGGAGGAGGCAACACGAGGGAGGAGGAGGAGGGGAACACCAGGGAGGAGGAGGCAACACCAGGGAGGAGGAGGCAACACCAGGGAGGAGGAGGCAACACCAGGGAGGAGGAGGCAACACGAGGGAGGAGGAGGCAACACCAGGGAGGAGGAGGCAACACCAGGGAGGAGGAGGCAACACGAGCAAGGAGGAGGAGGCAACACCAGGGAGGAGGAGGCAACACCAGGGAGGAGGAGGCAACACCAGGGAGGAGGAGGUAACACCAGGGAGGAGGAGGCAACACCAGGGAGGAGGAGGCAACACCAGGGAGGAGGAGGCAACACCAAGGAGGAGGAGGCAACACGAGGGAGGAGGAGGCAACACCAGGGAGGAGGAGGCAACACCAGGGAGGAGGAGGCAACACCAAGGAGGAGGAGGCAACACCAGGGAGGAGGAGGCAACACCAAGGAGGAGGAGGAAAACACAGGGAGGAGGAGGCAACACCAGGGAGGAGGAGGCAACACCAGGGAGGAGGAGGCAACACCAAGGAGGAGGAGGCAACACGAGGGAGGAGGAGGGAACACCAGGGAGGAGGAGGCAACACGAGGGAGGAGGAGGCAACACCAGGGAGGAGGAGGCAACACCAGGGAGGAGGAGGCAACACCAAGGAGGAGGAGGCAACACCAGGGAGGAGGAGGCAACACCAGGGAGGAGGAGGCAACACCAGGGAGGAGGAGGUAACACCAGGGAGGAGGAGGCAACACCAGGGAGGAGGAGGGAACACCAGGGAGGGGGAGGCAACACCAGGGAGGAGGAGGCAACACAGGGAGGAGGAGGUAACACCAGGGAGGAGGAGGCAACACCAGGGAGGAGGAGGCAACACCAAGGAGGAGGAGGCAACACGAGGGAGGAGGAGGGAACACCAGGGAGGAGGAGGCACACACAAGGAGGAGGAGGCAACACGAGGGAGGAGGAGGGCAACACCAGCGAGGAGGAGGCAACACGAGGGAGGAGGAGGCAACACGAGGGAGGAGGAGGCAACACCAGGGAGGAGGAGGCAACACCAGGGAGGAGGAGGCAACACCAGGGAGGAGGAGGCAACACCAGGGAGGAGGAGGCAACACCAGGGAGGAGGAGGCAACACCAGGGAGGAGGAGGCAACACCAGGGAGGAGGAGGCAACACGAGGGAGGAGGAGGCAACACCAGGGAGGAGGAGGCAACACCAGGGAGGAGGAGGCAACACCAAGGAGGAGGAGGCAACACCAGGGAGGAGGAGGCAACACCAGGGAGGAGGAGGCAACACCAGAGGAGGAGGAGGUAACACCAGGGAGGAGGAGGCAACACCAGGAGGAGGAGGCAACACCAGGGAGGAGGAGGCAACACCAAGGAGGAGGAGGCAACACGAGGGAGGAGGAGGCAACACCAGGGAGGAGGAGGGAGGAGGAGGAACACCAGGGAGGAGGAGGCAACACCAAGGAGGAGGAGGCAACACCAGGAGGAGGAGGCAACACGAGGGAGGAGGAGGCAACACAAGGAGGAGGAGGGAACACCAGGGAGGAGGAGGCAACACCAGGGAGGAGGAGGCAACACCAGGGAGGAGGAGGUAACACCAGGGAGGAGGAGGCAACACCAGGGAGGAGGAGGGAACACCAGGGAGAGGAGGCAACACCAAGGAGGAGGAGGCCAACACGAGGGAGGAGGAGGGAACACCAGCGAGGAGGAGGCAACACGAGGAGGAGGAGGCAACACCAGGGAGGAGGAGGCAACACCAGGGAGGAGGAGGCAACACCAAGGAGGAGGAGGCAACACGAGGAGGAGGAGGCAACCACCAGGGAGGAGGAGGCAACACCAGGGAGGAGGAGGCAACACCAAGGAGGAGGAGGCAACACGAGGGAGGAGGAGGCAACACCAGGGAGGAGGAGGCAACACCAGAGAGGAGGAGGGCAACACGAGGGAGGAGGAGGUAACACCAGGGAGGAGGAGGCAACACCAGGGAGGAGGAGGCAACACCAGGGAGGAGGACGGCAACACCAGGGAGGAGGAGGCAACACGAGGGAGGAGGAGGCAACACCAGGGAGGAGGAGGCAAAACAAGGGAGGAGGAGGCAACACCAGAGAGAAGGGAUGUAACACCAGGGAGGAGGAGGUAACACCAGGGAGGAGGAGGCAACACCAAGGAGGAGGAGGCAAACACGAGGGAGGAGGAGGCAACACCAGGGAGGAGGAGGCAACACCAGGGAGGAGGAGGCAACACCAGGGAGGAGGAGGCAACACCAGAGAGGAGGAGGUCAACACCAGGGAGGAGGAGGUAAACCAGGGAGGAGGAGGCAACACCAGGGAGGAGGAGGCAACACCAGAGAGGAGGAGGGAGGAGGAGGCAACACCAAGUGAGGAGGAGGCAACACCAGGGAGGAGGAGGCAACACCAAGGAGGAGGAGGCAACACCAGGGAGGAGGAGGCAACACCAGGGAGGAGGAGGCAACACGAGGGAGGAGGAGGCAACACAGGGAGGGAGGAGGCAACACCAAGGAGUAGGAGGCAACACGAGGGAGGAGGAGGCAACACGAGGAGGAGGAGGCAACACCAGGGAGGAGGAGGUAACACCAGGGAGGAGGAGGCAACACCAGGGAGGAGGAGGCAACACCAAGGAGGAGGACGGCAACACGAAGGAGGAGGAGGCAACACCAGGGAGGAGGAGGCAACACCAGGGAGGAGGAGGCAACACCAGGGAGGAGGAGGUAACACCAGGGAGGAGGACGGCAACACCAGGGAGGAGGAGGCAACACCAAGGAGGAGGAGGCAACACGAGGGAGGAGGAGGAAACACCAGGGAGGAGGAGGCAACACCAAGGAGGAGGAGGCAACACGAGGGAGGAGGAGGGAACACCAGCGAUGGAGGAUGCAACACGAGGGAGGAGGAGGCAAACACCAGGAGGAGGAGGCAACCCCCAGGGAGGAGGAGGCAACACCAAGGAGGAGGAGGCAACACCAGGGAGGAGGAGGCAACACCAGGGAGGAGGAGGCAACACCAGGGAGGAGGAGGCAACACCAGGGAGGAGGAGGCAACACCAGGGAGGAGGAGGCAACACAGAGGAGGAGGCAACACGAGUGCAGGAGGAGGCAACACCCGGGAGGAGGAGGGCAACACCAGGGAGGAGGAGGCAACACCAAGGAGGAGGAGGCAACACGAGGGAGGAGGAGGCAACACCAGGGAGGAGGAGGCAACACCAGGGAGGAGGAGGCAACACCAAGGAGGAGGAGGCAACACGAGGGAGGAGGAGGCAACACCAGGGAGGAGGAGGCAACACCAGAGAGGAGGAGGCAACACGAGGGAGGAGGAGGUAACACCAGGGAGGAGGAGGCAACACAGGGAGGAGGAGGCAACACCAGGGAGGAGGAGGCAACACCAGGGAGGAGGAGGCACACACGAGGAGGAGGAGGCAAACACAGGGAGGAGGAGGCAACACCAGGGAGGAGGAGGCAACACCAAGGAGGAGGAGGCAACACGCAGGGAGGAGGAGGCAACACCAGGGAGGAGGAGGCAACACCAGAGAGGAGGAUGUAACACCAGGGAGGCGGAGGUAACCACCAGGGAGAGAGGAGGCAACACCAGGGAGGAGGAGGCAACACCAAGGAGGAGGAGGCAACACGAGGGAGGAGGAUGGCAACACCAGGGAGGAGGAGGCAACACCAGGGAGGAGGAGGCAACACCAAGGAGGAGGAGGCAACACGAGGGAGGAGGAGGCAACACCAAGGAGGAGGAUGGGAACACCAGGGAGGAGGAGGCAACACCAGGGAGGAGAGGCAACACCAGGGAGGAGGAGGUAACACCAGGGAGGAGGAGGGCAACACCAGGGAGGAGGAGGGAACACCAGGGAGGAGGAUGGCAACACCAGGGAGGAGGAGGCAACACCAGGGAGGAGGAGGCAACACCAGGGAGGAGGAGGCAAAAACCAGGGAGGAGAAGGUAA